AUGAAGCUAUUGACGGAGAGGGAUUCUUUAUCUUCCACCCGACAAUUUUUUAUGGACCCUUUAAUAAUUUCAAAUUCGAUGUUAUUGAAGAUUGCAAAAGGUCAGAGGACCUACAAGGCGCGUUUUGUAAUUGAUGUUAGCGAACUUGGGGAAUUUAGUCCACUCCUACAGAAUAAAAUUGAAAUUCCUUAUGGAACCUUAGAUAUUAUUGCCUUGGAUGCCAUCCUAUUCCAGGAUCACUCGAGUGUAUGUGCAAAUGAUCAGAUUCAGUGGUUGACAAGGAUUUUAAAAGAAAGCGAUAGUGAGUGGAAAGUUGUCUUUGGUGAGUGCAAAAUCUUGAAAAUGGAAAAUGGGAGUCCUUUUGAGCCUUUAUGGAGCAUAUUGCUUCAAUAUGGAGAGAAUGCAUAUAUUAGCACGAAAAGUUGCGCCGAUCAGGGACAGAGGUUUGGUGUUAGUUCAAUGGACAGAGGUUCUUAUUUUACCGCCGUAAAUCAGAAUUUUGUUUUUAAAGAGUGA